AUGGCCGCCCGUUUCACCCCCCGUCUCUUCCAGCAGGCUACCCGAGGCUACGCCUCGCAGGCCGCCGCCGUCCGAGCUCCCCGCCAGCUCGAUGGUCUUGCCGGCAAGUACGCAUCGUCGGCAUACGUCGCUGCGCUCUCCAAGGACGCCAAGACGCUCGAGAAGGUCGAGGCCGACCUCAAGUCGGUGCAGUCCGCGCUCGCCGGUGCCGAGGGCGCCAAGCUCAAGACGUUCAUCGCCAACCCCACGCUCAGCGCCUCGGACCGCACCAAGGGCCUCGAACAGCUGCUCUCCUCGGGCAAGUCCAAGGCCGACCCCAUCACGCACAACCUCUUCACGGUUCUUGCCGAGAACGGCCGUCUCGCCGAGACGGAAAAGGUGAUCGAGGGCUUCCAGGACCUCAUGACGGCCUACCGCGGCGAGGUGGAGGUGACGGUGACCUCGGCCACGCAGCUGGACAAGUCGACCAUCUCGCGCAUCGAGUCGGCACUCAAGGGCUCGCAGAUCGCCGCCAAGGGCAACGGCAAGACGCUGCGCAUCGUCCAGAAGGUCAACCCCGCCAUCCAGGGCGGUCUGGUGGUCGACUUUGCCGGCAACACCGUCGACCUCUCGGUCGCCUCCAAGGUCAACAAGCUCAACGCUCUGCUCGAGCAGGGCAUCUAA